CUUAUAGAUUAAAAAAUAGCAUCAAAUACCUCAACCAUUCACCUUUUCUUAAGCCCAGGAAACGGACUUUGAGUGUGGAGCGAUGGCGUGUUAUCUGAAGUGAAGAUUGAAGACGUGCUAGAAGAUGGACGACUACUGCUAUGCUAAGAUGGCGACGUCCGCUAAAAGAGAAGAUGAAAGAGAAUCAGCGCCACCAACGGAGAACAAUCUGAAAAGCGAAGAUGAAGACGUCCAGCAGAUGAUCGGUAAUCCAGAGAAGGUUUCCCCUCAGUUAGGGGGGAGCUCCACUUUGAAGCAGGAGACUCCACAACCACCCUGCAUUAAAAAGGAAGAGGAGGAACUCUGCAUCACUCAGGAGGGAGAGUGUCUUCUAGGACGAGAGGAAGCUGAUUACACCAAGUUGCCACUGAGUAUUCUCUCUGUGAAGACUGAAGAUGAUGAAGAGAAACCACAAGUAGACAACCUCUUCGCUCCACUAUCAGAUAGUGAGGCUGAAGACGAGGUUGAAGAACCUUUGAGCAGCGAUAAAGACUGUGAAGGUGAUAUGAGGACUCACACUGACAACAAACACUCUGAAUGCUCUUCAAAAAAGAGAGGUGAAACAUGUUUGAGCUGCUCAGUUUGUGCUAAAAGCUUUUCUGUUAAGAGCAUGUUGACUCGACACAUAAGAACACACCCAGGAGAAAAAACAUUUAAUUGUUCAGUUUGUGGCAAAAGCUUUUCUGUUAAGAGGAAUUUGACUCAACACAUGAUAACACACACAGGAGAAAAUUCAUUUAAUUGUUCAGUUUGUGACAAAAGCUUUUCUCGAAAUAGCUCUUUGACUGAACACAUGAGAACACACACAGGUGAAAAACCAUUUAUUUGUUCAGUUUGUGGCAAAGGUUUUUCUCGAAGUAGCCAUGUGACUCAACACAUGAGAACACACACAGAUGAAAAACCAUUUAAUUGUUCAGUUUGUGGCAAAAGCUUUUCUCAAAAUUGCCAUUUGACUCAACACAUGAGAACACACACAGGUGAAAAAAUAUUUAAUUGUUUAGUUUGUGGCAAAAGCUUUUCUCAAAAUUGCCGUUUGACUCUACACAUGAGAAUACACACAGGUGAAAAAACAUGUAAUUGUUCAUUUUGUGGCAAAAUCUUUUAUCGAAAUGUGUCUUUGACUCAACACAUGAGAACACACACAGGUGAAAAACCAUUUAACUGUUCGAUUUGUGGUGAAAACUUUUCUAUUAAGAGCCGUUUAAAUGAACACAUGAGAACACACACAGGUGAAAAACCAUUUAGUUGUUCAGUGUGCUGUAAAAGGUUCCCACGUAAUGCAGACGCAGUAAAACACAUUAGAACGCACAAGGCAAAAUAACCAAUUAGCUGUUUAGUUUGUGGUAUGUUGCUCAUAUGUGGCGACAUCCACCCUACCCAGGACCUCCUCACUGCUUCUUUCACAAAUAUCUGAGGUAUUCAUACAAACUUGGAUUAUUUGGAGCAUAAUCUUAUCUACUCAUGACCCCAUGUCUUCUCUGUAUCUGAAACCUUCCUGAACAGUAAGAUAGAUGAUGCUUCAAGUGCUUGGUUACUCCUUCUUCAGUCCAGGGACCUGGGGCCUCAUGUGUCAAGAGGUACACGGUAAAGCGGGGCUGUGACUCCUCCCCCUCCACCCAACGUAAAACAGGAGUAAAAUAAGCAAUCAGUAACCCCACUUAAAAUGCAGCAUGAGACACUGCACACUGAUAUAGUUCUGUGAAAAUGAUUGUCUUCUGUGCAAAUGUAAAGAAAGUGAACAGUGUGUGAUUUACUGCAAUACUGUCAGUCUUUGAACUUUUUAUUUGUGCUUUGUUGAAAUUGUUCACACAUUGCACAGCUUUUAUUUUUCUAUCAUUACACAUUAUGUCUAGAAGACAGGAAGUAACUCAACACUCUUGAAUAGUUUCUACCUCAGUUUGUAUGGUUUGUUGAGUUAGCACAGGAUUAAUAUGUGGAAAUGACAAAUGUGGUCGUUGAUACAUAGAAUACUUUUUAUUCAUGCUUUAUUUAGUUUUUUGUUCAAUCCAAGAUGUGUUAUUUGCUUUGUAGAAACACUGAGAUUAAGUCUAAAUUCAUUGUGUUCUUCAAGGUGUUUUUGAAAAUGCACCAUUUUCUUCCUGUAAAUGUUUAACUAACUUGAAGUGUUUUGUCAAGAGGAUUAUUUGUGAUAUGUACAUUUUCAGAAUGUGCUUGUUCUA